CAGUGCCUCGUCUGGCACCGCCAACACGAAGAAUCCUUGUUCGACCUUAGCCAAGAUUGUGUCCGCACUCGAACAAGCAGGAUCAUGGGAAGACGCGUUGUCGAUCUGCUUGAUUUAUCCGGAGUACACUGUCGAUAUUUUGGGGUACUCGGAGUUCGCUAAUUACGAUAGGGAAGGAAAAUUGUGGGACGACGAGGAACUUUUAGUGGUACGAGAAGGUGAAGACUCAACAAAAGGAGCUGAAGUCGAAGAACAAAAAGAAGCGACAACAACAAGCUCAACCACCUCGUCCAACUCCAAACUGAUCAAUGGCGUUCUCUAUAAUUCAGAUCCAGCGCAUCAUUCCAGAGUUUCCAGUUUUCCAGAUGCUGCUCGCAGACAGAAGGAAGCCGACACCACCCAUGUCCUCCUAGCUUUAGAAUCCGUGCAACUCUUGCCGACUUCGUGGAUUCUCCUAAAACGUGGCUUAAGCGACCCGAAGACACGGAAGAGAGCGAAGUUUCUAGUCGAAAGAAUCGUAGAUCCGAAGGAAUUUCAAUGGUUUUGGGCAGUGUUUGAUUCUCUAGAAGAAUUUGCUUCGCAUUGGGUCAAGCAAAAUUGGC